AUGGAACACCAUUCGGCGGACAGCGACUCGCUGCUGGGUCCCGGCGCCACCCUGCGGCGGCUGAUGGGUCUCUGGCAGCCGCGAGGCCGGGCCGCACGCGUUCUCAACCGACUGCUCGCCGGUAUGACGCUCACGUGCAUCACGUUCCUGGUGCUGUGUGCCUCUCUCAAACUGUACAUGGACCCUCCAGAAGACCUCGAGCAGAUCGCGCUGUGUACCCUCGUUGCUACUGUCGGCGCUGGAUUUAUCAUCAGGGCGGUGCUCUUCAUGGCACAAGGCGGCACACUGCGGCAGACACUGAGGCUGCUGGAGGACACCAGGCUACAGUUCUGCAAUGGAGACAACAAUGACCUGAAGCGACGCCGGUACCAGACACUUUCAAACAACAUUUACUACUGCUGUCAGAUGGUGGCAGUGCCGGCGGUGACUGCCUGGGCCGUGUGUCCGCUGCUGUCCCGCAUCGUCACGAAGACCGACCAAGAGGAGAUGGGGGCUCAGUGGCAGCUGCCGGUGCCUGUCUGGCUUCCAGCUGACAUCUACGCUUCACCAACAUUCGAGUUCUUGUAUGUCGUCCAAUCUUUCUGUGUUCUGGUUGCAACCGAGUCCUGUCUCAGCAUAGACAUCUUCUUUGUUCGUAUGAUGCUGAUGGUGGCAGCCGAGUUAGAAGUUCUGAAUGACAACCUUUGUGCAAUGGAACACAUUCAUUUCCAAAGUUUGACAACUGAGGGAGAAGGACUUAUUUCUGGACGUAAAAGAAAAGACCGACAAUUAUCAUUAUUUACCAGUGGCCAGUCCCUUGGUGAACAGACAUUGACAGAGAAAGCUGCACAUGAGUGGCUUCAUCAACAACUGGUCAAGAAUGUGCUUCAUCAUCAGGCAAUCCUAAGGUUAGCAGUGUAG